GCGGGCUGGGCCCUGGCGGCGGUGCGACCCAGACGGUGGCUAGGCCGAGUGUGCUGCCAGCUGCCCACAGGCCCAACUUGCCACCAUGGAGCGACAGCGCCGGCGUCCGCGGGGACCGCUGCAGCAGCAGAGGCGGCCGAGGAGGAACGGGGGCUGGGACCAGGGCCUCCGGGUAGUGAGCCUGUGAACACCCACCGUCCCCCAGCCCCGACUCCUCCUUCCUGCCUUCCUGGGCUCCGGCUGUGACCCCGCAGGACGAUGCGCGCGGCCGGACUCCCCGGAGGCUAAGCCCGCUGCCCUGCGCUCCGCCCUCGCUGCCGCCCUCCAUGGCCUUGCCGGGCGCCGAGGGCGCGGUUGACAGGCCGGGGUCCCCCGCGCGGGGCGCCCCCGCCGCCUCCUCGUCGUCGUCGUCCGCCUCCUCCGGCGGCUCCGCCUCCGCCUCGGCCUCGGCGGGAGCGGGGCUGUGGGCCGCGCUGUACGACUACGAGGCGCGCGGCGAGGACGAGCUGAGCCUGCGACGCGGCCAGCUGGUGGAGGUGCUGUCCCAGGACGCCGCCGUGUCGGGGGACGAGGGCUGGUGGACCGGGCAGGUGCAGCGGCGCCUGGGCAUCUUCCCGGCUAACUACGUGGCGCCGUGCCGCCCGGCCGCCCUCCCCGCGUCGCCGCCCGCCCGGCUGCCGCCUCCGCGGCCCGGGUCGCCGGUGCACGUCGACUUCGAGCUGUUGGAGCUCAAGGAGCUCAUCGGCGCCGGCGGCUUCGGGCAGGUGUACCGCGCCACCUGGCAGGGCCAGGAGGUGGCGGUGAAGGCGGCGCGCCGGGACCCGGAGCAAGACGCGGCGGCGGCGGCCGAGAGUGUGCGGCGGGAGGCCAGGCUCUUCGCCAUGCUGCGGCACCCCAACAUCAUCGAGCUACGCGGCGUGUGCCUGAGGCAGCCUCACCUCUGCCUAGUGCUCGAGUUCGCCCGCGGCGGAGCGUUGAACCGCGCCCUGGCCGCAGCCAACGCCGCCCCGGAUCCCAGCGCGCCUGGCCCGCGGCGCCCACGCCGCAUCCCCCCACAUGUGCUGGUCAACUGGGCGGUGCAGAUUGCGCAGGGCAUGCUCUACCUACACGAGGAGGCCGUCGUGCCCAUCUUGCACCGGGACCUCAAGUCCAGCAACAUUUUGCUACUGGAGAAGAUCGAGCAUGAUGACUUCUGCAAUAAAACGUUGAAGAUCACAGACUUUGGCUUAGCGAGAGAAUGGCACCGGACCACCAGAAUGAGCGCGGCGGGCACGUAUGCCUGGAUGGCCCCGGAAGUCAUCAAAUCUUCUUUGUUUUCCAAGGGAAGCGACAUCUGGAGCUAUGGGGUGCUGCUGUGGGAACUGCUCACGGGCGAGGUCCCCUAUCGUGGAAUUGAUGGCCUCGCUGUGGCCUAUGGGGUCGCGGUCAACAAGCUCACUCUGCCAAUUCCAUCCACCUGCCCUGAGCCCUUUGCCAAGCUCAUGAAAGACUGCUGGCAGCAGGACCCUCAUGUACGGCCAUCAUUUGCCUCAAUCCUUGAACAGUUGACUGCUAUCGAAAGGGCGGUUAAGACUGAAAUGCCUCAAGAAUCUUUUCAUUCCAUGCAAGAUGACUGGAAGCUGGAAAUUCAACAGAUGUUUGAUGAGUUGAGAACAAAGGAGAAGGAGCUGCGGUCCCGAGAGGAGGAGCUGAUGAGGGCCGCCCUGCAGCAGAAGUCACAGGAAGAGCUGCUCAGGCGGCGGGAGCAGCAGCUGGCCGAGCGGGAGAUCGAUGUGCUGGAGCGCGAGCUUAACAUCCUCAUCUUCCAGCUGAACCAGGAGAAGCCCAACGUCAAGAAGAGGAAGGGCAAGUUCAAGAGAAGCCGCUUAAAGCUCAAAGAUGGGCAUCGAAUCAGUUUACCUUCAGACUUCCAGCACAAAAUCACGGUGCAGGCCUCCCCCAACCUGGAUAAACGGAGGAGUUUGAACAGCAGCAGCUCCAGCCCGCCCAGUAGCCCCACCGUGAUCCCACGACUCCGAGCUAUACAGCUGACCUCAGAUGAAAGCAAUAAAACUUGGGGAAGGAACACGGUCUGUCGACAAGAAGAAUUUGAAGAUGUAAAAAGGAAUUUCAAGAAAAAGGGUUGUACCUGGGGACCAAAUUCGAUUCAAAUGAAAGAGAGAGCUGAUUGCAAAGAAAGAAUAAGACCUCUCUCAGAUGGCAACAGCCCUUGGUCAACUGUCUUAAUAAAAAAUCAGAAAACUGUGCCGUUGGCUUCUUUAUUUGUGGACCAGCCAGGUGUCUGUGAAGAGACAAAGCCUGCCUCUGAUGGACUGGAACACAGAAAACCAAAGCAGAUAAAAUCACUGAGUCAAGCCUAUGUUGAUCUACCUCUUUGGAAAGAUGGCCAGAGAGAGAAUCCGGUGGAAGUGGAAAGCUGGGAGGAGGGAGUCCCUGUAAGCCCUGCCACCGGGACUCCUCAGGGGACCCCCCCAAACAGCCUGAGCAGACCCCCCCAGAGGAAGAAGCUGGAGUCUGCUUUGUAUGGCUGCACUGUGCUGCUGGCAUCCGUGGCUCUGGGCCUGGAUAUCAGAGAGCUCGCCAAAGCACAGGCCACCGAAGAACCCCCCGCCAAGGAGGAAAAGAAGAAGCGCGAGGGAAUCUUCCAGUGGGCUCCAAAGCCCCGCAGCGGCGCCAGCCCCGCCAUGAGGCUGCCGACCUCGGGCGAGGGGGCCAGCAGCACCCCCUCACCCACCCUGCCCAGCGCUGUGGGCCUCCUGUCCAUGCCUUCUCUCUCCACCAAGUGCCUGCUGCAGACGGACGGCGAAGAUGCAUUCGAGAGCAGCACACGCACCCCUGGUGACCCUGACAUGCCCACUCCAGCUCUUUGCCCUGGCUUUGGAGGGAGGGCUGAGGAGCCAGCCCCCAUGCUAGGACUGGAGGUCGCUCGCAGUGUGUGGGGAGACCUGCCUCCUUCCUUCGUAGAACAGGCUCAUGGGGACGUGCCUUCUUCUGCUUCAAAAGAGAGAGCAGCACAUCACCGCCGGACCAUGUCUGAUGGAUGUGCUUUCCAGCCCCCAGCUGGUGCCGCUCUCGUCUCAACCCCCAGAGCCUCGGAACUGCCCCCUGCGUGGGUUUGGGGGAUGCCCCCCUCCUGGUCUGGACCUCACAGCGACCUGCCACGUGAGGUCCCGCCCGAAAAACAAAGAGCUAUCCACUUGGUGCCUCUGCCCCGCCCCUCCUCCCAGAGAAGCCGGGUGGGUGCGUCCCCGGCCUUCCCACCACUGGGGACAGGGUCACAGCCUGCCCAGGCCGGCCCUGUGGUGGGCGGCCCAGCGCCAGCUCCCGACCAAUCCCUGGGCGCCAAGGAGAGAACUAGGGCGCACGUGCCUUGCCUACUGGACGCGGACGUUGAGGGCCAGAGCAGGGACUGCACGGUGCCCCUGUGCAGGAUGGGGAGCAGAGCUGGCCCACCCUCCUUGUACCAACUGGAGAAAGAAUUUCUGUCUUAAGUGCCUUACGUUGUUCAAACAUUUCUUCUUCUUCUUCUUCUUCUUUUUUUUUUUUUUUAAGAACAAAUUAAAACAAUGUGUCUACCUUGAAUUGUUUCAUGCUGCUGUGCUUUUAGAGCUGUGGUCAUGUUACUAAAAUAAUAAUGGAUGUCUGCCUUCUCCAAAAAUGUAUGUGAUUGCUGUUGGCUGUUUUUUCACUGGAUUCUUACCUAGUAACUUGAGAUACUACACGUGUGUGGAAAGCAAGAAAUGUGCAACAGUGUAAAACGUUUAAGCACAAUUGUAAGUGCUUGGUGUGUUCCCACUUACCUCUUUGUACGUUCGCAGACAUUGUAAUGGGUGUGCCAUUUCUGUUUCCUUAUUUCCUGUUUCCUUCAUUUUCCAUUUUCCCCUCAUUUUUCUCAUCUCUUUUUCAUGUCCUUCUCUUUUUUUUGUUAUUUGUGCAACAAAAAGCCAAGAAUAAUGUGCUAUUAGUAAGUGAAGGUGUCUAUUUAAAUAGAUUUGAUGACUAAAAUAGGCAGAUUUCUAAACUCAGCAAAAGGCUGAUAAUCGAUGCCCAAAUCUCACCUAAAAUAUGCAUAUUUCUCCCUUUGAGAAAAUUUUACUGAAUAUAACUUGUCAAGUUUUACUGAAUGUAACUUGUCAAAAUUUUAUCCGUUAGAACUCCAAAAUAGAAUUAAUUCAUUUGAUUGAGACCAUACAGAUUUUUUAUUUUUUUUUUGAUAUUUGAUUCAGAUCAUGCAGCUGAGAGGGGCUCACUAUAGGUUCCUCCUAUAGAAAGGGCCUUCCUUCAUCAGUAGCCAUCAAUUUUGUAUCCAGAAGUAUACAUCUUUUCUUUUUGUCAUAGAAUUUUUUUUAAUUAAUUGACGCAUGUGUCAUGUAUUGUAAACAUUUGUGUCACUUAACUUUAUUUUUCUCUAUUGAAAUGCAUAUUUACCUCAGUCAUCCCAAAUGCUGUUAGAAACACUGCAAAGUGAAGAAACAGCAGUACUAUUUAACUUUGGGGGUUUUUUGGCCACAUCCAUGGCAUGUGGAAGUUCUUGGGAGGG